CGGAGCGCGGGGUCCCGUCGGCGGCGGCCGCGGCCGGACCCGGCGGAGCUGCGGACGGCGGAGGCGGGCGCGGGGCGGCGCUGGGAGAGGCGGGGCCGGCGGAGACAGCGGGCGACGGGAGCGAGCCAGGCUGACUGCAGCUGGCUGACCCUGCCGGGUGACCUCGGCCGGCGGGCCACGCCUGCCCGGCCUCGCCAUGGACCAGGACUAUGAGCGGCGCCUCCUCCGGCAGAUCGUCAUCCAGAACGAGAACACGAUGCCGUGCGUAGCGGAGAUGCGGCGGACCCUGACGCCCGCCAACUCCCCGGUGUCCUCGCCCAGCAAGCACGGAGACCGCUUCAUCCCCUCCAGAGCCGGCGCCAACUGGAGUGUGAACUUCCACAGGAUCAACGAAAACGAGAAGUCCCCCAGCCAAAACCGGAAAGCCAAGGACGCCACCUCAGACAACGGCAAAGACGGCCUGGCCUACUCGGCUCUGCUGAAGAACGAGCUGCUGGGGGCCGGCAUCGAGAAGGUGCAGGACCCGCAGACGGAGGACCGGAGGCUGCAGCCCUCCACGCCCGAGAAGAAGGGCCUCUUCACGUAUUCCCUCAGCACCAAGCGCUCCAGCCCCGACGAUGGCAACGACGUGUCGCCCUACUCCUUGUCCCCUGUCAGCAACAAAAGCCAGAAGUUGCUGCGGUCGCCACGGAAACCCACCCGCAAGAUCUCCAAGAUCCCCUUCAAGGUCUUGGACGCGCCCGAGCUGCAGGACGACUUUUACCUGAACCUGGUGGACUGGUCCUCACUCAACGUGCUCAGCGUGGGGCUGGGGACCUGCGUGUACCUGUGGAGUGCCUGCACCAGCCAGGUGACCCGGCUCUGCGACCUCUCAGUGGAAGGGGACUCGGUGACCUCCGUGGGCUGGUCUGAGCGGGGGAACCUGGUGGCCGUGGGCACACACAAGGGCUUCGUGCAGAUCUGGGACGCAGCCGCGGGGAAGAAGCUGUCCAUGCUGGAAGGCCACACCGCGCGCGUCGGGGCGCUGGCCUGGAACGCUGACCAGCUCUCCUCCGGGAGCCGGGACCGCAUGAUCCUGCAGAGGGACAUCCGUACCCCACCCUUACAGUCGGAGCGGCGGCUGCAGGGCCACCGGCAGGAGGUGUGCGGGCUCAAGUGGUCCACAGACCACCAGCUCCUUGCCUCGGGGGGCAAUGACAACAAGCUGCUGGUCUGGAACCACUCGAGCCUGAGCCCCGUGCAGCAGUACACAGAGCACCUGGCGGCCGUGAAGGCCAUCGCCUGGUCCCCGCACCAGCACGGGCUGCUGGCGUCCGGCGGCGGCACAGCCGACCGCUGCAUCCGCUUCUGGAACACGCUCACGGGGCAGCCGCUGCAGUGCAUCGACACGGGCUCCCAGGUGUGCAACCUGGCCUGGUCCAAGCACGCCAACGAGCUGGUGAGCACACACGGCUACUCGCAGAACCAGAUCUUGGUCUGGAAGUACCCGUCCCUGAGCCAGGUGGCCAAGCUGACCGGGCACUCCUAUCGGGUGCUGUACCUGGCCAUGUCCCCUGACGGAGAGGCCAUCGUCACCGGUGCUGGAGACGAAACCCUGAGGUUCUGGAACGUCUUUAGCAAAACCCGUUCAACAAAGGAGUCCGUGUCCGUCCUCAACCUCUUCACUAGGAUCCGGUAAACCGCGGGCUGCACCGUCCUGGUGGGAGACCCCGCCUCCUCAGCGUGCAUGGACCCUCCCCCGCACACUGUCCCCAGAGGAAGGCAGCCGGGGGGGCGGGGAGCCGGGCCCGGAGAGACCCCGGAGAUUCUCAUUAAAGCCUGAUUGCGAACCUGUCAGCCGCUGUUUGGGGCGGGGACACUGUCGGGCACCGUCAGGAGCGGGCCGAGGCCCUGCACGCCGGGCGGCCCCCUGGCCCUGGCUCGGACCAUCUGCACUCGGAGACGGAUGGACGCCUCUCGGGCCCCCGCCCGCUGCCCUGUGUGUGCAUCACCUCCUUGCUGGGCUGCAUGCUCUUCCCGGAAGCACGUACUCACCGCUGCCACCGCCGCCCACACCUGCGCUGGGACACGACUGGACGCCAGGCCGGCCAGCCCGGCAGGAGGACCCGAGCGGCUGGGCCUGGGCGGACGGCUCGGGGCGGCCGUGGAUCGAAGGGACGUUUGCACCUGUGGAGUUCCUCUGCGGCCGCCUCUGCUCUCCCUGCCUGGCAGCCCGGCCCGGGGGCUCUCCGGGGCCCCGCCG